GUGGCAACAAGAGUAACAAACGUGUUCUAUCCAUAUAAAAUACACAGGGCAGUCAAUUUCCAGGACCAACCGGUUAAAAGCUGUAUUAUAUUUUUAUUUAAAAUAGAGAAAGAGAGGAAAGAUGAGGAAAAACAGCUCUACACUAACCGCCUCCUCCCGAGCGAUGAAGAAGUCAACUUCAGGCAUGCACCGAGUCUUCCAGAGUUCCAGAUACACAGGGAGCUUCACGGGGUUCCAAAGCCGAAAAGCUUCCCUGAUGAUGACGGACAGUAGAAAUAUGGGCAGGAGCGCCAUUCAAAAGAAAGCCAUCCGGGUGCUGGAUGAGGAUGGUCACGAUGUCACACCUCGGCCUCUCCACCAGCCUGAGCCCAAGGACCCACAUGCCAAACCAACCAGAUUCAUUUUCGAUGACGUCUUCUCCAAAUGGGAUGCGUCAAAAUCGUCCUCAUUCUCCAAUGUGCCCUCCUCUGGGUCAUUUAUGUGGAGCAGCAGACCCCCUAGCGUGUCCACCAGGACCACACUGACCACCCACAGUGAAGAGGGCGCUUUUAAGUUGAACAACAUCCCGCUUCCUGAGGCAAAGAGGCAAGCGGUCACUGUCAGUCAACAUGUGCCAGAGGAGAUAGCUUCGGAUGAGAUGGUAAACAUCUACCUGGCUGAGACAGGCACCAUUACACUUCUGGAUCUGCCCAGCACCUGUGUGUCAGAGGAGGCUGACAACGCACAGGCUAUUAAGGAGAGUAACAUUCUAUAUGCCGAGCUGUGCAAAAACAAAAUGGGCAACGACAAAUACGUCGAUCGAGCUGUGCAGACAUUUGUAGGAGCGUCUAAACACAAAAAAAUCCAAAGUGAAAAGAUUAUUAUGCAUGAUGAAGGUACCAUGGCCACCAUUUGGGAGAUCUUUGACUCAUUCCAAUGCGAUGUUCCUAAAAUGGAAAAGGCCGCUGAUGCUGCUAACAGUACCAUAGGGGUCAGAAAAGGUCAAGAAGGUCGGGCAGGGGAGAGCUACAGCAGCGUCAGCACAGCAUGCACCGCCAGCACCAGAAGCUCCCUAUUUGCCAUAACACAAGGCAACGCUUUGAGCGAGGAUCUGGACCCUCAGGUGAUCCUGCAGUCCGAGACCUUCCAGCGCAAACUGUUCGUCAUGGAGCGGUGCAUUGCGGCCAACAUCUUUCAGUCCAAACUGGCAGCUUACAGACAACUGGACGACAUACAAAAUCCCUACUUCGUGACACAACCUGACUGUAAGGAGAACCCAGAGGAGGACGAGGACGAGGACAGAGAGGAAAAACAGUUGGAGGAGGAACAGGAGGAGGUGGUGAUUGAGAAGGAAGAGGAGGAGAAGGAGGAAAAGGAGGAAGAGCCGAAAGGACCAGCUCUGGAACAUCUAUGGACUUUUUGCUGUGAGCUCACCAAAGGACGGAACAUUACCAGCAUGGCUUGGAACAAGCACAACCCUGACCUGUUGGCAGUGGGCUAUGGUGACUUCAACUACUGGAAAACAGGCCUGAUCUGCUGCUGGUCCAUAAAGAACCUUGUGUGGCCGGAGCGUCUUUACCACACUCACAGUAGCGUCACGGCAUUGGACUUCUCUACUGGCAAUCCUGACAAGCUGGCAGUGGGGAUGCACGACGGAACCGUCGCCAUCCUCAGCGUGCGCAGUAAAGACCAGUACACCUACCUUGCUAGCAGCAGGGACUGCAACAAAAAGCACGUCCACCCCGUGUGGUACAUCACCUGGGCCCGACAGGAGAUGAGAUUGUCUGAAGAGGACACAGUGGAGUCCAUGGUGUCUGUGUCGGAGGACGGUCACAUCAUCAAGUGGCUCCUGAUGAGCAGUGGCCUGGAGGGCAUAGAUAUGCUGGAGCUGAGGAGAAUCCAAGAUGGCUUCAAAAAGGCAGACACGAGCAAAACAAAGAAAGAGGAUAUUCUGGUUUCCACAGCAACGCCUGGUCUUUGUGUGGCUUUUCAGCCCACGGAUCCUAGUAUCUACUUGGCCGGCACGUCUGAGGGCGUCAUUCACAAGUGCUCCGUCUCCAACCAUCAUCACUAUCUGACCCUUUAUCAGAAGCACCUGUGCCAUGUAAACCACAUCGAAUGGUCCCCGUAUAGUCCUGACUUGUUCUUGAGCUGCUCCUCGGACUGGACCAUCCACCUGUGGAAGGAGGGCUAUCCGACCCCCGUGAAGAGCUUCAGCUCCAUCCAGACUCCUGUCUUGUCUGUCAAGUGGUCCCCUCUUUGGCCCUCAGUGUUUGCUUCCAUCAGCGAGGAACAGCUGGAGAUCUGGGACCUGAAUGAAUCUCUGCUGGACCCAAUCAUCGUGCAAGUGGCAGAACAGGGCGUCCGCAUCACCGCCAUCCUUUUCGCCAGGUUGACAGACUGCAUCGUGGUCGGAGACACGAGUGGACAAGUGACGUUCUACAAGAUGAACAACCUCAGUGUCGGGCCGGGCAAGAAGGUGCCAAAUUUGGAAGACUUCAUUCACUUUGGUGACUCCACCUAGUUAUUGUUUUACAUUUUUAAUUUUAGUAUUGGGGGCGGCACGGCGAUCGAGUGGUUAGUGCGCAGACCUCACAGCUAGGAGAGCAGGGUUCAAUUCCACCCUCAACCAUCUCUGUGUGGAGUUUGCAUGUGGGUUUUCUCCGGGUACUCCGGUUUCCUCCCACAUUCCAAAAACAUGCUAGGUUAAUUGGCCACUCCAAACUGUCCAUAGGUAUGAAUGUGAGUGUGAAUGGUUGUUUGUCUAUAUGUGCCCUGUGAUUGGCUGGCGACCAGUCCAGAGUGUACCCCGCCUCUCGCCCGAAGACAGCUGGGAUAGGCUCCAGCACCCCCGUGACCCUUGUGAGGAAAAGCGGUAGAAAAUGAAUGAAUGUGUUUUAGUAUUGGGAAUAAUAAUAAAGUAUUUAAUAUUACCAAGAGUCACACUUUUAGUCUGUUGAGAUCCGGAACAUAAAUUCAUACGCUCACUUUUUGAGGUACUACUUUAACAACAUGUUUAUUAUUGUGCUACUGUAUCAUAAUGCAAACGUUUGUGGUGGUAAACAAGAGAGAAACCAACAUGUGCACAGCACAGGAAUGUGCAGGCUAACGUGAUUAUUCAUGGAUGACAGCGCUUCCUUUCAUUCGGGACCAAGGCAGCUGCUAUGUCUACUCAUCACAAACUUGUUUAUGUGUGCACACUUACCCUGGCAUUCCUCUGCAAAACUAUUUCACAUGCUGACGCAUGGCAAAUAAACCAAACUUUACACUUCAAUUUCAACUUAAAGCUUGUCAAAUUUUAGUUGGACCAACAAUUUUCAGGAUAACUGUCUGAAAUGGACAUGGAGUCCAUCUGUUGGUUGACAACAGUGUUAAUGUUAGCUGAUUGUGCGAGCAGCUACCUUUAUAGCAGGGGUCUCAAACAUGCGGCCCGCGGGCCAAAUGUGGCCUGCAGGACACUAGUUUGAGGCCCCCGCCUUGAUAUGAAAGUUUAAUGUUAGUGCGGCCCGCACAAGUUUGAUAUGGAUGCUGUAUGGUAUCAUGUACCCAGAAAGAAUUAUUACGUUUGAUUAAUGUUCAUGUUAAAGGUUAAAUAACUGUUAAUAGUUAUCCUCCCUAUCCGUGUGGAAGUGGUAAGUUUGUGGCUAUUUAAGUUUAAAGGAAAUAACUUGAAGGCUACCGUUUAGGUCGCUAGCUCUCUAGUUUGCGAGUUAGCAUGUGUCUCAAGACCUUGCAGUUGCGCAA